AUGCAUAACGGUGUGCGCGAUACACCGUCGCCUGACGAAUGGCCUCCUGAGAAAGGACAGCAUACACUGGGCGACAAGGGCUAUCACAAUGGCGAAGGCCCAACGAUUCAAGUGGCUGGCCACGAAGUCGCUGCUGGUACAGCACUUCACCGAGGGCUGAAAGCUCGUCAUAUUACUAUGAUAGCCAUUGGUGGUGCUAUCGGUACUGGGUUGAUCAUCGGUACUGGUGCUGCUUUAGCUCGUGCUGGUCCUGGUUCUGUGUUCAUCGCCUACACUAUGGUUGGUUUCCUAGUUUACUUGGUCAUGGCAGCCUUGGGAGAAAUGGCUGCGUGGCUUCCGAUGUCCUCUGGUUUUACUGGCUAUGCUACUCGCUUCUGCGAUCCUUCACUGGGUUUCGCUCUAGGUUGGACAUAUUGGUUCAAAUACAUCAUUGUCACCCCGAACCAGCUGACGGCAGCGGCAUUGGUCAUUCAGUACUGGGUUGAUCGCGACCGAAUCAAUCCUGGUGUCUGGAUUACAAUCUUCCUGGUUGUCAUCAUCGCUAUCAACUACUUCGGUAUCCGCUUCUUUGGUGAAUUCGAGUUCUGGCUUUCGUCUAUCAAGGUCGUCACAAUUGUCGGGCUGAUCAUUCUUGCUCUAGUCAUUGCUCUUGGUGGGGCUGAUGGAGAUCGAAGAGGCUUUCGAUACUGGAAGAAUCCAGGCGCUUUCAACGAGUACAUCAUGGAAGGCGCUGCGGGUCGAUUCUUAGGCUUCUGGUCUACCAUGGUCACAGCAGUAUUUGCAUAUUUGGGAACCGAACUCGUGGGUGUUACGGUUGGAGAGGCUCAAAAUCCAAGAAAGGUGGUUCCACGAGCCAUCAAGCUGACAUUCUACCGAAUCUUGUUCUUCUACUGCUUGUCAGUACUAUUCAUCGGCAUGUGUGUACCAUACAAUUCUCCAGAACUCACCUUCGCUACCAAGCAGACGACUGGGGCCUCCGCUUCACCAUUUGUUGUCGCUAUUCUCGAAGCUGGCAUCCAAGGUCUCCCCAGUGUCAUCAACGGAGCAAUUCUGCUCUUCGUAUUCUCGGCUAGCAACAGCGAUCUUUACAUUGCGAGCAGAACACUAUACGGCCUAGCUGUCAACGGCAACGCACCAAGGAUUUUCAAACGGACCGACUCACGAGGUGUGCCAAUCUAUGCUUUGGGAAUGAGUGCUAUGUUUGCUCUACUGGCAUACAUGAACGUCGCAGAUGAUUCCAAGACUGUAUUCGGAUACUUUGUCAAUCUCGUCACCAUUUUCGGUCUAGAAACCUGGAUCAGUAUAUUGGUCACCCAUAUCUGGUGGAUCAAAGCACGACGAGCACAAAACCUUCCAGACAGUGCACUACCCUUCGUUGCUCCAUUGGGAAUCAAUGGCUCCUGGGGUGCUCUAAUAUUCUGUGUGUUGAUCGCCGUAACCAAGAACUUCAGCGUCUUCACCUACAGCCGAAGUUAUGGCAAUUUUGAUUACAAGAACUUUGUCACUGGUUAUAUCGGCAUCCCAAUCUAUUUGAUUCUUCUCUUUGGACACAAGAUCUUGACGAAGAGCAAGGGUGUUAAGGCUCACGAAGCGGAUUUCUAUACUGGCAAGGACAUCAUUGACAGGGAGGAGGAAGAGUUUUUGGCUGCUAAGGCUGCCAAAAAACAGGCUCAAGGUGAAAAGAAAGGAAAGGCUGGCUGGUUCUACAAGACCUUCAUUGGCUGGCUCUUCUAG